AUGUUCGACGUCGAUUGCUGGACGAUUUUAGGUUUAGUAUGGGUUGUGUCUUUAUGGGACUUUUAUCUUUCGAUACGUCAGUAUCGUGUACAUCGCGAUACGGCAACUAGACCCGAAAAUGUGAAGGCGAUCAUCUCCGAGGAGGACUACGCUAAAGCGCGUUUGUAUGCGAUCGAUAAACAUCAUUUCAACUUUGUACGAUCAAUCUACGGGCUACUGCAGUUAACGGCACUCGUUGUUUUCGAAUUAUUCGUGAUUUUAUGGACUCUUUGUGGCUCUAUAAACGAAAGAAUCGGUGUUUCAAGUCAGAUGAGAACAGAUGAAAAAUGCUUUCAGAUGGCUCAGUCAGUAGCGUUCAUUUGCUUAACGACUCUCAUUGAGACAGUUUUGAGUUUUCCAUGGCAGAUUUAUGAAACGUUUGUUAUUGAGCAGAAGCACGGCUUCAACAAACAGACAUUCGCAUUUUUCCUCAAAGAUAAAAUCAAGAAAACCAUCGUUGGCCUCAUGUUGUGUGUACCAAUCACAACGAUUGUUAUAUAUAUUGUAGAGAAUGGUGGAAAGUAUUUCUUCUUUUAUGUUUGGAUCUUUUUAUCGAUUGUUCUCUUUUUAUUAAUGACCAUCUAUCCCGAAUUCAUUGCACCGCUUUUCGAUAAAUACACUCCUCUACCGGAGAGUGCAUUACGUGAAAAGAUUGAGAAGUUGGCCGAUUAUUGCCAUUUUCCAUUGAAAAAACUGUAUGUUGUUCAUGGGUCGAAACGUUCUGCACACAGCAAUGCGUAUAUGUAUGGAAUUUGGAAUAAUAAGCGCAUCGUUCUGUAUGAUACGCUGUUAAGUGAAGAAAUGAACGCAAAACUGAAUGAGGCUGAAAAAAAAGUUGACGAUGACGGAAAACAAGGCGAUGAGAGCAAGGACGAAGAGAAUAAGAAUGAAGAGGGAAGCAAAAUAGAGAAAAAGAAUGUGGGUCUUGAGGAUGACGAAGUUGUUGCGGUGCUUGGUCAUGAACUGGGUCAUUGGCACUUUCUUCAUAAUGCCGUCAAUAUUUUCAUCACAGAGGCCAAUUUACUUGGUAUGCUUGCGGUAUUUCAUCUGUGCUAUCAGAAUUCGCAUCUUUAUAAUGCUUUCGGUUUCUAUGAUUCGAAACCAACAAUUAUCGGAUUCAUCAUUGUUUUUCAAUACAUUAUGGCUCCAUAUGAUGAGCUGAUUUCGUUCCUAAUGACGAUGCUGUCGCGACGGAUGGAAUUCAGUGCUGAUCAAUUUUCACUUUCACUCGGCCACGGCAAGCAGUUAUGUGCAGCUUUGAUAAAAUUAGGCAAAAACAAUUUAUCAUUACCGGUCGACGAUUGGCUUUAUUCGACAUUCAAUCACUCGCAUCCGUCAAUUCCUGAACGAAUUGAAGCAAUUGAACGCAAGCAGAAAAGUGAUUGA